GCACUCUCUGUACGCACUGCGAGACUCGCACAACACUACACCAGUAGUACUCCAGUAGUACUCUACCACUCAUUGCAUUGCAUUCACAGGCAGUCAACACAACUCCACUGAAAAGUUGUCUGUCGUAGAGGUGUUGAGCGUAUAUCUACCGCAUCGACGCGUUAAUUAUUAGCCAUUGAUUAUAUGGAGGACAUGGAGAGGGACACGAAUCAGAUGUCUCAGAGCCCGUCGUUGUGCCGCUCGGGCUGUGGCUUCUAUGGGAACCCCUCGUCGGACGGGCUCUGCUCCAAGUGCUAUAAGGAUGCCGUCAAACGGAAACAGUCGGCCCCUCAGAGCUCCUCACAGACCGCAUCCCACUCGACCCCCGGCCGAAAUAGUCCCAUAUCUAUGCCCACCUCAUUGGACACCACUUCCGCCACUCAACUUCUGGCCACUUUCAACAGCAACCUCAACACAGCCUCACCUACUGUUCCCUCUGCGUUAAACUCCGCUCAAGAAAUGAUUACCAAACCAGAGGGCUCUGCAAACCAAGAGAACAGUACUCAAGCGAAUGCUGUGGUUCACGGGAACGGUGGCGCAGAUUUGACGACUGGAUCGCAACAAACACCUGAGACGGAAGCCAAUGGAAGCGAUCCGCCUCGGACUAGUAAGAAAAAGAAGAACCGAUGCACUAAAUGUAAAGUAAAUGUGGGCGUCAUUGGGUUUCCGUGUCGAUGUGGUGGCACUUUCUGCAGUACUCACCGGUACGCCAAUGAACACAACUGUUCGUUUGACUAUCGAGAACACGGCGCCGAAGAGAUCCGCAAAAACAAUCCACAAGUGAUCGGAGAGAAAGUGACGAAGAUUUGAGGGAUAUAUUUAUGAAUAGAUUAUUACAAACCGGUC